AUCUCUAUACUUGAUUUGAAGAAGCCUUGAAAUUAAACAAGCAACCAAACAGACUGCACCAGUUGGCCCAUCACAAGACUAGGGACAAAAAGUGGUUUUCUAAGUGCCGUAUAGUUGCGGAAAUGACUGAUGACAGCCAGUCAUGUAAUACUCCCCUGCACACUGCUGCAAGCUGUGGGGACUUAGAUGAGGUCAGAGAGCUGUUGAAAACAAAGCAAUAUGAAGUGGACGUCAAAAACUCACACAACCAAACAUCUCUUCAUCUUGCAUGUGCUAAUGGUCAUCUCGAUGCGGUUUGGACACUAGCCAAUGACUUUGGUGCUGACAUAGGAGCUAUUGAUAAUGAUGGAAAUACACCAUUGCUUUUUGCUGCUAAGAACAAACAUGUACAAAUAAUUAUAAUGUUGCUUCUAUUAUCAAUGUAUCAUAGACACCUCUUCAACGGAGACUACGUGCUCUGUUCCUUUAGCCGUAGUCAGAUGGAUUCUCAUCAUGUUAAACUCUUUGAGGAUGUCCUUUUCGAGUAUUACAAUGAUUCUGAAGCAGUGGAGAAAACUAUGCGUCUGAUAAGUAAAUUCUUUGUUGAUUAUAUUGAAUUCAAGGAUUAUAAAGAUGAUGGCUUUAUUGCAUUGUUUGUAGCUGCAUCACUCGGUCUCAAAGACUUGAUUAAUCGACUAGUUACACAGAAUAAAGUAGACCUGAAUAUUAGGGGAUUCCAUGGCUUAUCUGUUCUCCACUGUGCCUGUUUUGGAGGACACAUCCAGCUCAUGGAGAAUCUUAUUUCAGAACAUCUUAUGGACCUUUCUGUUAAGGAUACAAAAGGGCACACAGUUUUGCAUUACGCAACUUUAAAGGGGACUCCCUAUGAAUGCUAUUGUGGUCACAUAGAACUGAUAGACAAACUGGUGGUGGAAUACGGCCUCAAUCCCACAGAUAGAGAUAAUGAUGGAAACACACCUCUACAUAUUGCAGUUUCGAAAGGACAUGUUGAAGUAGUGACACACCUGAUCAUUAAGCACAGUGCUGAUAUUGAUUGCACUAAUAACCAGAACGCUACUCCAUCAAUGCUGGCUGCACUAAAUGGUCAUGUGCUUGUUUUAGAUAUGUUAGUCAAAGAAUUCAACAGCAGUUGUCAUGUCCGAGAUGACGAUGGUUAUACUCUCCUUCACUAUGCAUGCCUUGGUGGUCAUAUAGAACUGAUAGACAAAUUAGUGCUUGAAUAUGGCCUCAAUCCCGCAGAUAAAGAUAAUGAUGGUAACACACCUCUACAUAUUGCAGCCUCCAUUAAAGGACGUGUUGAAACAGUGAGACACCUGAUUAGCAAGCACAGUGCUGAUGUUAAUUGCACUAAUAAUCAGAACAAUACUCCAUUGAUGCGAGCUGCGCUGAAUGGUUGUGUACAUGUUUUGGAUAUGCUAAUCAAAGAAUUCAACAGCAGUUGUCAUGUCCGAGGUUACAAUGGUUAUACUCUCCUUCACUAUGCAUGCAAUGGUGGUCAUAUAGAACUGAUAGACAAAUUAGUGCUUGAAUAUGGCCUCAAUCCCGCAGAUAAAGAUAAUGAUGGUAACACACCUCUACAUAUUGCAGCCUCCAUUAAAGGACGUGUUGAAACAGUGAGACACCUGAUUAGCAAGCACAGUGCUGAUGUUGAUUGCACUAAUAAUCAGAACAGUACUCCAUUGAUGGGAGCUGUGCUGAAUGGUUGUGUGCAUGUUUUGGAUAUGCUAAUCAAAGAAUUUAACAGCAGUUGUCAUGUCCGAGGUUACAAUGGUUAUACUCUCCUUCACGAUGCAUGCAAUGGUGGUCAUAUAGAACUGAUAGACAAAUUAGUGCUUGAAUAUGGCCUCAAUCCCGCAGAUAAAGAUAAUGAUGGUAACACACCUCUACAUAUUGCAGCCUCCAUUAAAGGACGUGUCCUCCUUUAA